AUGGAGCUCAAGUGCCUAUAUCUCUUGCUCGCCAGCUUCACUGGCUACGUGGCGGCACGUUCAUUGCCCGUUGGUGAACUGCAAUCGCGGCUCCUUCCGAGCAAGGCGCUCGCUGCUGGCUCCCUCGUCAAUAACUCGCUAAAGCAACAAACGGACUUGGAGUCGUUCGAGCACCGGUAUUACGGAGAGUCUUUCCCUGUCCCGAUUUCCGACACGACGUAUUUCGCCAACAAUAUCGUGUUCCCUGGCCUAGAACAUCUCAAUUUAACUGCCAGUAACGUACCAUACAUCGCUUAUGGUGGCUCCUAUGCGGGUGCCUAUGCUGCUUUCCUCCGCAAGCUCUAUCCGGACACAUGGUUUGGUGCCAUCUCCCUCCUCAGGCCCACAUUAAUUGAGCUGAAGGCGCUCUUCAACCUUCAAGAGCUCAAAUAUGACGAUGACUUUAUGAGUGCGAUCUCCUACGGCAUUUCCUACUGGCAAGACCGGAACUGGGAUCCGGCAGUCAACGACCCGGACUUCGAUAACUACUGCACGAACCUCAGUUCGAGCACGAUUAAAUAUCCUCAUUGCGUCAGCCAGAAGGCCACCGCUGAGAAGUUGAUUAGUGCUGGCGGAUACGGAGAGCAGGCUGCCAGCUUGGCCCUCAUCUACUAA